AUGGAUAAAGUACAGAUAGUAUUGCAGAAUAAAUUUAAAAAGAAUAAUAAAUUGGCAAUAACUACUUUAAAGAAAGCAAAUCAAUUUGAUUGUUUAGUGAUAUUAAUAGGGACAUCACAUUCAUCUAGUAAUGGAAUUUAGAAGGGAUUUUAAUAAUGGUAUUUGGGUUGUGAAUUAAUGGAUAGUAUAUUAAUAUUGAGUACUAAGAUGUUAUGCAUAAUAGCAGAUGAAGUGAUGUGUAAAAUAUAUAAUAAUAAUAUAUAUAGUUUAGAAAUUGAAACAUUUAAGUGAUAUAAAGAUGAAAACAUUUUAAAUAUUCUUUUUGAUAAAGAACAUAAAGAAGAGUAAUUAUUAAUAAUUUUAAUUUGCAUUGGAGAGAUUAAGAAAGGAAUGCGCAAGUAAUUCAUAUAGAUUAGCAUUGAAUUUAUAAGAUGGAUAGAGAAGUCCUUUAAUAAGUGAGUUUAAUUAGUUUAUAGAAUAAAAUUAAUUAUUGAAAGUAGAUAGUUCAACAUUUUUGAAGGAAUUAAUAAAUAAUGAUAAUAAGGAUAUAUUUGAAUAUUAUAAUACAUGUGGUAAGAUAAAUUCAUAUUAUAUGAAAUUUAUGAGUUAAAGAAUAGAAUUAGCAAUAAAAUUUAAUGAGAAUACAACGAAUUAUUCAAUAACAUAGGCAGUAAAGAGAGAGAAGAGUUCAGAUUUGAAUUAGAUGGCAAUUCGUAGGAAAUUGGGAUUAUAAGGAAAUUAUGAUAUAUUGAGUUCAACAGUAUAAAGUGGUGGUUAAUAUAAUGUAUGUGCAUCGGAGAGUAGUUAAUAAAGAUUAGUAGGAGAUGUAGUGAUAUAUAGUUUCUGUUGUUAAUAUAUGCAAUCAUAAUCAUAUUGUACAAGGACAUUAUUAUUUUAACCAAAUUAAGAAUUGGAAUAGAUAUAUAGAGUGAUAUUGAAUGUCCAUGCAUUUGCAUUAGGAUUAGUAAAGGAAGAGAUAUAAUUUAAGUAGAUAUAUAGAGAGACAUAAAAUAUAUGGGAUACAAUAUUUAAGGAUGAUUUAGAGAUGAAAUAAAGGUUUCCGACGGAUGUAGGAUAUUUAGUAGGAUCUUAGAUGUUAAUAGAUAAUCAUAAUAGUGAAAUCAUUUAAGAUAGGAUGGCUGUAGUAAUAAGAUUAUUUGUAGAUAAUAUAUUAGUUUAAUUGCCAUUUUAUCCUGAGAGAACAACUAUAGCUAUUUGUUUAGCAGAUACAAUAUUUGUAGUAUCAGGUAUAGAAGAUUGUAUAAUAACAAAAGCAGAAAAAGAAUUUACAUUUGUUUCAUAUUAACCAACAGAAGAAGGAGAAAGAUUAUUUAAAUAAACAUUUUAGAAGACUGAAAAUUAGGAUGUUUUACAUUAAUCAGAAAAAAUUACUAGAGAAUAAUUUGAAUAAGCAGAAUUAAAUAAAAUAAAAAAUGAUUAAGAUAAAUUAAAAGAUAUUAAAUAAUAUGAAUUAGAAGUUCGAUUAAAUGAUUAAUAGACUAGAUAAGAACCUAAAUUAUUAGUUAAAAUGGAUCAAUUAUAAACAUUUUAAAAAGAAGAUUAAUUUGAUUAAUAUCCUAUGGGAGAGAUUGCUGUUGAUUAAGAUAAAUCGGCUAUUUUAAUUCCUAUUAGAGGAACACAUUAUUUCUUUCAUGCUCUUACUAUUUAAAAUGUUAGUGUUAAAUAAUUAUCAAAUGGUUUAGGAGGUGAAAUUACUAUUAGAUUUUGGACUAAUGAAUUUAAUAUUGAUACGAGAGAAUUUCCAUCUAUGGAUUAUGAUUAAUUAUUUUUAAAAGAAAUUACAUUAAGAAAUACAGAAUUUAUUAAAUUAAAAGAUAUUGAAAAUGAAAUUAAUGUUUGUAGAGAGGAUGCUAGAAAAAAAUAAAUUGAAAAAUAAAUGGAGGUUGAUAAAUUUGAUUUUGUUAUUGAAAAAUUAACAGUAUUACCUAAAAAUCCACCUUCUUUAAUUAAAGUAUAUAUGAGACCAACUUAAAGUUAAAAAACUAGAUCACCAGAAGGAUUUGUAGAAUGUCAUGAAAAUGGAUUUAGAUAUAAAAGUGCAAGAGGAGAAGUUAUAGAUUUCACAUUUACUAGUAUUAAACAUUGUUUUUUUGUAUCUCCAGAAGAUGAAGUUAUAGCAUGUAUACAUUUUAUAUUUAAAAUGCCUAUUAAAUGUGGAAAAACAUCAUUUUCAUAAAUUUAAUUUUAUAGAGAUAUUGAAGGAGCAUCAGAAUAAGAAGCAGCUAGAAAAAAAGUUCGUUUAUUUGAUAUAGAUCAUGUAUUUGAUAAAAAAGUUUAAGAUAGAAGAUUAGAAGAACUCAAAAACUUUGAAUCUUUUAUUUAAUAAUCAGAAUAAUAUUAUAAAAGAUUUAAUAUUAAAUUUGAAAGAUUAGAAAAAUAAUAUAGUUUUGAAGGUAAUUAUUCUAAAGAAAGAGUUGUAUUUUAACCUACUUAAAGUUGUUUAGUAAAUAUUGUAGAUUAACCUUUCUUUACUUUGACUUUAGAAAAUGUUGAUAUUAUGUGUUGUGAAAGAGUUUAAGAAGAAACUAUUUCAUUUGAUUUGGUUGCUGUAUUAAAAGAUUUAGAAGCUUAAGUCAUUAGAAUCGAAGCUAUAGAUAGAGAAGAUCUUAAAAAAAUAUAAUAAUGGUUGAAUAAAAAGAAAAUUCUAUUUUUUUAAACUACUUCUGGUCUUAUGUGGAGAAAUAUGUAAUUUAGUAUAUAAAAGGACUUUCCUUUAUUUGUUUAUGAUGGAGGUUGGGCUACUAUGAUGAAAGAUCAUAUGGAACAUGCUCCUAUUUAAUAAUUCAAUGAUGAACCAUUAUUUGAACCUGAUUCAUCUAAUGGACCUACUUCUGUAUCUGAAUUCUAAUUUGAAUAAGAUAAAAAAAAUAAUAAAUAUUUACAUCUAUAAAAAGAUGAUGAAAGUGAUUUUAGUGAUCUUAUUGAUAGUGAAGAUAUUAUGAGUGAAUUAGAUAUUUAAGAAAGAAGAAAAAAGAAAAAAGUUAAAUAUAAUUUUAUUGAUUGA